CUGACAUUAACUGUAAAGUAGCUAUGAAUAAAGUUUGAGUGGAUUGAAUGCAGCCUGCUAAUCUGUCAGAUUAGCAGUGUGUUCAGUGUGUUAGCAGUUAGCAGAUUAGCUCUGUGCUGUUAAUCCAGCUUCAGUCGCCAUGGCGGACAGGAGGACCACAGUCCUGCUCUCAGUGCUGCUGUUCUUGUCAGUGGCAGCAGCGUUUGUGGAGGAGCUCGAUGAUUCCUUCAUGGAGACAAAAGGAGAUGAUGAAAUCUGGCUCAUCAAGUUUUACGCCCCCUGGUGUACAUUCUGUAAACAGUUGGAUCCGGUUUGGCAUCAGAUCGGAUCAGAAUUCAGGAGUCUCGGCUCUCCGGUCCACGUCGGCAAAUCAGACGCCACUGCCAACACCGGUUUGGCCAAAGAGUUUCGGGUCAAAACUUAUCCAGCCAUCCUCAUGUUAAAGAAAAAUGUGAAAUAUAAUUAUUCGGGAGCGAGAACCAAAGAGGGAAUAAUGGACUUUGCUAAUCGGAUUGCAGGGCCAUUGGUUCGAUCACUGAGUAGUGUGCAGCUCUUCCAGCAUGCCAUGAGCCGCCAUGAUGUCAUGUUUGUUUAUGUAGGAGCCACAUCCCCACUGAAGGGAAACUACACGUCAGUUGCUGAGGAGCUGAUCGUCCAAACCUACUUCUUCUCAGCCACCAGAGACAUCCUGCCAAAGGCAGUGUCUCUGGCCUCUCUGCCAGCUGUGGUGGUUUUUAAAGACGGGACCUACUUCACCUACAGCGAGGAACGUGAUGGGGACCUGAAGUCGUGGAUCAACAGAGAACGUUUUCCAACCUUCUCCCAGAUUGACAGCUACACUCUCUAUGCCAUGGGAGAGACAGGUAAACUGGUGCUGUUGGCACUGGUGGAGGAGAAGCACUUGUGUGAACAAAGUCUCAGGUAUAAGAGCCUGGUGGAGAAUGUGGCUGCUGAACACAGAGAGACCUACACCAGGAACAUGUACUUUGGCUUCAUGGCAGGCUCUGAUUACAUUAAUGGCCUAGUGAUGGGUGAGGUCAUCAUUCCCUCAUUCAUUGUGGUCAAUCUGUCCAAUGACGGCUACUUCCUGCCCCCUGGUGCCGUGGAGACAGAGCGCCACCUGUUGGACUUCCUGGAUGGUGUUCUGGACGGCAGUGUGGAGAGUCAUGGAGGAAAUGGCGUCGUUCAGCGAGUCAGACGCCUCGUUUAUGAAACCAGAAUCACGCUCACGCCCAUAUUCAGCCAGGCGCCGCUGCUCGGCUGCUUUCUGGUUGGCUUCCCGCUUGCCAUUGGCGCCUGCUUCUGUUACCUGUGCUGUAAGGCCCGCCCCACCAUCGGUGGCGAUGACGACGAUGACUGUUUGCCGCUGUUAGUGCCUUCGCUGCAGGGCCCUAAAAAAACAAGCAAGAAGAAGUCAGACUGAUUGUGAGGACCACCAGGAGGACCUCAGACCGAUCCAGAGCUGCCCGUAGGCUGAGACUCACGGAGGAAGUUUUUCUUUGGUUGAAUGUGAAAUAAAUCACAACUCUGUAAAGACAUCUGCCUGAAUCUGUCAAUAACUGAUCAAUAGAGUUCUGUGCGGUGACUCAGAGUACCAAUAAAAUGGCUUCUAUCAAUAAAAUAAAAGUAAAGCAAA